AUGUCGAGGAAACGUCUAGGGAAGGAGGGUCAAGGCCUGGGCCGUCUUGCCUUUGAGCUUGGUGGGGCUGGAGCUGGAGCUGGCGCGUUCAAGAGCUUGCGUGCGGGAAAUAAGGCCGCUUGGAGGCUGAAGGCCGGGAAGAACGGCAGCAACUCAACCCACCUGCUUGUCUGGGGAGGAGCUUCCGGCGAGAGAGGCCAUAUCGGUUGUAGGUGUGCAAUCGCGGUAUUGUCGACGAGGAAGGUCAAAAGAAGUCCCAAUAUUGAGGAAGUCAAGGUGUGGGUGGAGCACCCCUGCCUGCCUGCCUGCCGCCUUGUCUGGAAGUGGAACAUCUUGGGACUUAUGACCAAGUCACGAGAUUCACACGUGACUGCAGACUGUGGUCUACAUCUUCAUUCCGUCUGGUGGCUUUCGUUUCUCGUCGGAUGCAUGUUCCUGAACGAGACAUGGUUGAGACACGGCACCAUUUACGACAAAGCCGCUGGCGGCGAUUGACGGAGAUGAGAAUAAGACCAUUGAUGGUGACUUGCUUAGUUGCUCUCGGGGGAGGAUCUCUCUGUUUUCCCCCUUCAUUGUCCUGUCUCUCCUUCCUGCUUGCCACUCGUCUACCGUUCAAGGUAGGACAGCAGCCUAUGUGUUAGUAGCACGUGCAAAAAGCUAUCGUUGCCGUCACUCGGCUACAUUAUCUAGCUUUCCCGCCUUCUAGCCCCCCGCCAGCCGCUCCGGAAGGGUCAUGGGGUCUCCGACGUUGCAAUCCGUCUGGGGAAUUUGAGAUCCGAGGUGGGAUGUGUCGGGGCGCGCUUUCUGCAGGCCAAGAACACGGC